UUUUCACCUUUCCCUUCAUAUCAUAAUUUCCUGCCAGCCUCGUUCAAUUUAUCUCAAGCGAAAAAACAAUGCAAAAAAGGGACAGAAAAAGAAAGCUAAAAUCAACCAAACCUGAAACCAAACCAAAAAAAUCAGCCAAAAUCAACAAUGCCAACAUCAUAAUCAAACAAGACCCGUACCCAACUCACCCACGACCCACACCCGAAGAAUGCAGAGCUAUACGAGACUCUCUCUUGGCUUUUCAUGGCUUCCCUCAAGAGUUUGCUAAGUAUCGCAAACACAGACUUAAUUUACUUCCACAUGAACUUGCUGUCGAUGAUGAUGGUGCUAAAUCAGAGCCGUUGGAUAAUGCAAAAGCAGAAAGCGUUUUGGACGGUCUGGUUAAAACUGUGCUGUCACAGAACACUACUGAGGUUAAUUCCCAAAGGGCUUUUGAUAAUUUAAAAUCUGAUUUUCCUACUUGGGAACAUGUACUGGCAGCUGAAUUGAAAUGCAUUGAGAAUGCUAUAAGAUGUGGAGGUUUAGCUCCUACAAAGGCUUCUUGCAUUAAGAACAUGCUGAAUUGUUUGAUGGAGAAAAAUGGUAAACUUUGUUUGGAGUAUCUUCGAGAUAUGUCAGUUGAUGAAAUUAAAUCUGAGCUUUCUCAUUUCAAAGGAAUUGGGCCGAAAACGGUAGCUUGUGUUUUGAUGUUCCAUCUUCAGCAAGAUGAUUUCCCAGUGGACACCCAUGUUUUUGAGAUUGCAAAGACCUUAGGUUGGGUUCCUCAAGCGGCAGACAGGAAUAAGACAUACCUUCAUCUCAACCAACGAAUUCCAAAUGAGCUCAAAUUCGACUUGAAUUGUCUUCUAUACACACAUGGUAAGCUUUGCCGUAAAUGUAUUACGAAAGGGAGCAACCAAAGUGGAAAGGAAUCCCAUGAUGAUUCCUGCCCUUUAUUAAAUUACUGCCGUAACUUCAAUAUUAAAACUAGUGAUGAAUUAAAUUAACAAUAUUCUAUAAUGAAAGUCUCAUGUGAUCCUGUUCCUUUUUUCCCUUAAAGAAAAGCAGCGCCUUCCUGUUAACAGUAUCAACCUUCAUCCUAAAAAAAAAACAUACUGUCCAGGUUUUUAGUAUUUCUUAGGUUAUAUGUAUAUAGCAAGAAAGAGGGAGUGGCUGUCAAUUAGAUGCUGUUUUUGGUGGAAAUCGUUAUGAGAAAAGCAUAAUCAAAUAGUAUCGACCUUCAUCCUUUCCCAAACGCACUAAAGUGUAUUGUGCAACUAUCGAGCACAAAUUUUUGACAGUGAAUGUAAUUUUAUGAGCUAAAGACUUGAAUUAGCCUGUAAAUGUAUGCUUAUCAGUCUUAAAACAUUGUGUUUUCAUUCUGUGAAAACAUUUUACAAGA